GGUCACGACUUACAGUUAUUUUUCAGUCUUCAACCUGCUUCAUUCUCAAAUAUAGAAAUAUAUUCCGUUUGAUAGGAUUUCUAGCUGAUCAGCAGAAAGUUCUGGAGUAUUUCUGUGGAAACGGUAUUACUGAUUACUUGAAGUUUUAGGCAAAAUUACACUGAAUUUGAUUACGAAGAUUGUGCAGUCGCCAUGGAUGAAAGGGUUUCUGACUCAAAGCAAGCUCGUUGAAACUUUUCACGACCAACUUCACUCUUAAAACAAGGAGGGAAAAUACCAAGGAUUGUAAAUGAGACUGUUUGACUGAAGUACUGAAUAGUUUUCGAAAGAACCAACUUAAAGAAAGCUUUUCUGCUGUAAGAAUGGGAAGAAAGUUAGAGGAACGCCGUCAGCGAUUGGAGCGCAAAACUGCCAGAGUGUUCUUCAGUUCUCCAUUUGGAGGUCUCGAAGAGGAACGAGAGGAGUUAACCAAGAAAUACUGGCCACGACUCGAGAGUAUAUGCAACAAGGCUGGCUAUGAUUUUAUCCCUGUCGAUUUGAGAUGGGGCAUUACGUCUGAGAUGUCGUCCAGUGCUGUCACUAUCAAGAUUUGCCUCAAUGAAAUGGACAGGUCUGAUAUGAUCGUCGGUUUUUUUGGACAGCGGUAUGGUUGGCAUGGUGAAGACAAACUGCUUCAGAAAAGUUUCGACGUUGCGGCAGAGUUCUAUCCAUGGCUGAACGACUACCGUGACAAGAGCGUGACGGAACUAGAGUAUCUACACGGCCACCUUAGAAACCCUGGUGCCAGAGCUGCUUGUUUCUUUUUUAGAGAUAAAGCUUACGAUGACAUGAAGUUAGAGGAAGCAAAAAAGACUGGUAAUGAAAGAGAAAUCAGGAAGUUUGUUGCAUCAACUGACGGUCCACAUGCUGCUGAACGACUUCUUGAUCUAAAACAGAGAAUAGAACAAACAAGAGACAAGUGUCUUGCAGUCUACAUGAGCUACCCAACACCCAAAGAAGGAGCACGCUUAAUGUUUGAAACGAUUGAAAAAUACUUCAAGGAGGUGCUAUUGUCUCGCCCUGCUGUCAAGCUCACAGAAAGAGAAGAAGAAAACCUACAACAUGAUAUAUUCCUGGCCAGUAGACUGGGUAUGGGUGGUAACUACGUGGGUGGCCAGAAAUACCUCGAUGAGAUUGAUAAAUACUUCUUGCAUCAGGAAAACGAAGAGGCUAACCGUGUUCUGGUACUUGGACCCGGAGGAAGCGGAACGUCUUGUAUGCUGAGCAACUGGGUGACCUUACAUCAGAUGAGAAGCCCUCAAGAUAUCGUCAUUUACCACUUCGUUGGCUCAACAAGCAGAGGAACAGCCCCUGAGUUCAUCAUGUCACGUAUAGUAGACGAGCUAAAUGACGAGCUUCAAGAUCGAGUUGUACACGACAACAGCUUUGCUUCCGAUCCUAAUGACGACAUGCGCGAGCUUUUCCGUAAACUAACUGGUUUGAUGCGUCGAGUCAAAGAGACCGGUUCCAAAGCAUUCAUCAUAAUAGAUGCACUGAAUAAUGUCGACAAGUUGGGACAGACCAUGAAAGCUCUUUACUGGCUUCCUAAAGAUAUUCCACCUUGUGUCUAUCUGAUAGUUUCUACCCUAACAUCUGAUUCAGCCAACAUCAACGAGCUUAGAGAGAGGUCGUAUCAUAAAAUCUACACAAGGCCACUCGAUUUGAAUGAACGAGAACAAAUGGCGCUAACUGCCUUAAAAAAGCGCGGGAAAACUUUGUCCAAGGAGCAGCAACAARGAGUCUUCGCUCAAAAACAAACAGAAAAUCCUCUCUACCUGGAAAUUCUUCUCAUGGAACUUGUUAGUUUUGGUGAAUUCUUUCAGUUGGAUUCCUACAUUGAUAGUCUCAUCCAGGCAAACGACACAAAAGGUUUGUUUUUGAAGUAUCUUGAACGACUCGAGAAAGAUUACAACCCAGAAGAUUACCAUGGAAACCUAGCAGAGGAGAUCACGUGCUGUAUUCAUUUGGCAAGGAAUGGCCUCUCUGAAAAAGAAGUUCGUUCUAUUCUUGGUAUCUCAAAUCAAGUGUGGUCGUCCAUUUUCUUUGCCAUGGAUGACUUUUUGAUUGAUCGGGAUGGCCUUUACAGCUUUUCCUUUAAGGAGCUUGGAGAAGCUAUAGAAGAGCGUUAUUUCAAAGAUGACGACAAGAAGAAGCAGUACACUCGUAAAAUUGCCCACUAUUUUGAUGAAAAGCUCAAGUGGCCUAAACAAGUAUGAUUUAAUAGGCUACUGGAAUACAACUGGUUUGUCUGAUGACGAGAUCGUUACCAAGCAACAGAAAGUAAUCGAUGACCAGCUUGCGUUGUUCUACAACGAGGGAGAAGAUAAAGGAGAAAGCCCUAAAUAUGCUUUAGAUAUGAUGAUUCCAUUUGUCUAUGAUUUAGCACAAUUCCUCAGCAAUGCAGGCCACGUCAAAGCAGCUGAACCAUUUCUUGAACGUGCUUUACAAAUGACUAAAUCCCUUCAUAAGAUUGAGGACAUUAAAGGCGAUCCAGUCCUUGCUGACAAAUUCUGUAACAUUGGGAAUACUUUAGCUUGUCAUUAUGUGGACACGGAGCAGUUUGAUAAAGCAGACAUACUUCAUCAUGAAGUACUGGAACUUAAACAAAAGUUUGAGCGCAGCAUGAAGGAUGGGACAUUAAAUCUAGCAAAAACCCUUAAUGGUCUUGGGGUUUUGAAUUUCAAGCAGUUUAAGUAUCAGGAGGCUCUAGACUUUUAUCAACGAUCUUUGGAUAAACAUCGUGAAGCGCACUCUCCACAACGUGAAAUUGCUGAAUUGCUAAAUAACAUUGGAAGUGUUUACCACGCGUUGGGCCAAUGGGAAGACGCGAUAGAAAAGCUAAAAGAGUCGCUGGAAAUAUACGAGGAAGCCUUCUUUGGCAGUCUACCAGCGGAUGUUGGAGGCACCAUGCUGAACCUUGCUAUGGCGUACCGCAGAUUGGAUAAAUAUGAGUAUGCAGAACCUCUAUACGUAAGAGCUUUGGAAAUCCGCGAGAAUGCGUACGGUGAAAACCACCAUGAAGUUGGACAAACGUUGUUGAGUUAUUCAGCAUUUCUACUUUACGAUCAAACAGAGAAAGCAGCAGAAUGCUCCAAAAGAGCCGCCCAAAUUUACGAGAACUCCUUUGGCUUGGAUCAUCUAAACACUCUGAACGCACUGGAAAACGUCGCGUUAGCUUACUUAAUAAUGAAGAAACCAGCAGAAGCACAUCCUUAUUUCAAAAAAGCCGGUGAGAGGAAAGAAGCUACAGACCGCAUGGAUACAUCCAUCCAGAGACUAAACGCUGUCAUGGCUGACUACUAUUUGAAUUCCGGUCAAAAUGAAGAAGCUCGUCAGCUGUUUGGUCGGAUUGUCAAGGCAUCUUUUGCCACGGAUCGGGAUUUUGCCGCGCUGGAUUACCUAGAUUCAGAACUACCCGCUGAUAAAAGACCUAAAAGGAAAAGAGAACACACUAUAGCCUAUGCUAUAGAAAAAUUUCCAAAAAGUGUCAUGGUCCUUGGUAGGAUCCAAGAGCUAUACUCUACAACUGGUAAUGCCAAAGAGAUGGUACAGGUGCUGAAAAAUGGAGAGUUUGAAGUGGAGCACUAUAAUAAUGCUUAUCAGGCUUUCGUUAAACACAAUCACAAGAAAGAAGGGAUUGCGUUACUUGUUGCUGCUCAUGAAAAAUUCCCGGAUGACAAGAUUGUAAUGUCUAACCUAGCCUCAGCGCACAUGGCUCAUAAAGACUAUUCAAGUGCAUCAACGAUCUUCAAAGAACUUCUCAAGAAAGACCCAAAAGAUCUAAAUUCUUUAGAAUCCUAUGCUAAUGUGCUUUCGUUAACUGGACGAAUCAACGAGGCGCGUGACAUUUACAACAAGGCGCUGAAACUGGCUGAGAAAGCGUCUGACAAAACUGCAGUAGAUCGACUGAGCGGCAGGAUGAAGCUUUUGAAUGAGAUGUGAAGUUGUUCCAGACAUCAAGGACACACUAUUAACUAUUAUGAAGUUGAUGGAGGGAGGAAACUGGGUCGAGUUGGCAUCGCAGUGCAUUGUGGGACAGUUUAAAGGAACGAGAUAAACGCCAUCUUGGAAAUAUGUCCGCUAAAACAGUCUCACAAUGCACUUCAAUGCCAACUCGGCCCAAUUUUUCCUAAACUUCGGAAUCUCUAAUUUUAUUGCCAAGAUUUGUUUUCAAUUAAUUUCGUUGAAGUACUUGUACGUAUAUAUACAAACAAUACAACGUUUUUGGCCUUCACCAGUUGCAGCCAUGCUUGCUCGGACUGGAAGUCGAAUAUAACAUAAAAAACACCCAUGCACAUCAGUUAAUCAAAAUGACUACUCUAGAUAGCCUAUCAACUUGGGCCACAAUUAGUAUAGGAAAUCGCACGAUCUAGAGUACAAUUCGUAAUUUAUAGGUACGAGUGGUGUUUUGAAAGUUUUCAAAAUUGGACGAGCCUUUAUGGGAGUCCAAUUUGAGA